CUGCAAACGAUGCAAAAUUAACCGGUGAUACCGUGUAUUGAAUGAAGAUUUCAUGCAAAAGUUGCGCUAAUGUUAUGGUAAUAUCUUUUGGCGAGUACGUGAGAGGUUUUAAUCAUUUAAACACAAGCCAAAGUGCAUGUACAUACUCCAUGAAUUAUUCCUACACGAACAAGGGGUGAUAGACUAAUUUAUAUUCAACCCCUUGUAGAUUCUUGUUGAUUACACAGUAUGGACUGAUAUAUGCCUCGAGUAUAUAUACAACUUCGCUAUAUAGAUACUGAGAGCAUAAUAUGUGUGUACCGACUGCAUGACAUUUUGUGAAUGUAUACGUUGUAUAACUGAAUACAGUAAAACUCAAGUGUCCUUAUGUAACACAACCGUGCAAUGUCAUACAUAAUACACACAUAUCCAACUAACACCGACCUCUAUAUACAACAUUCGUAGAAAGUCCUUAUAGGUUGCAUACGCACCACUCACGCAGAACAUUAUGAGUUUUCUUUUACUUCCCCUUUGUGUGAAAACCGAAUUAUGUAUAUCACCCAAACCAAUACAGUUUUUCCUUCCGUGAAGAUCCAACAAUAAACGUUCCUUUUAACACGGAAAAAAAUAUAAUUUUGUGUUCAGUUUUGUCUUUUGUAAAAUAUAGUUUUGAUUUAAACGAAAUGUGCGAUACAAUACGACUAUUUUGAUAAGAAACGGAAAUCAUUCGAGUCUGUUCGAUAUAAUAAACACAGUGGACAAAUUAUGAAUUUUUCCGCAUUUGCCAGCCCAUUUGCGGGCAUACAUCCAUUUGCGGCAAAAUUCAGUCAUGAUGCUCCCGGAGUUUUUUCAAGUGCCACCAAUAUGAAUCAGGAUAUGCACAACAAUCGCUAUCAUUCGAACGGAAAUAAUUUUAAUCAAAUACCUACCUCAAUAUCCAAUUCAUCGAUGCAGUAUGGACAAAAUAUUUCCAUUCCAUACUCACAGCCACAAGCUGACAACAAUAUGAACAUGUUCAAUGUCGACCACAAGAACAAUUUAAUUAAAACAAAGAUGGAACGGGACCGCGAUGAUGUGAUCAAUCAACAAAUACUCCAAAAUGUAAAUCAGUCCUGGCAAACGUUAGCAAAUCCCGCAAAUUCUGUGGAUUAUUCAUCGCACAUAUUAUCAGCUACACUGCCAAUUUCCAUUCAGCACUUCCUUAAGUAUUCUGAAACUAUAAAGAAGGAACAAGUGGGACAACCAUUGAAUUCAGGUAACAUACUGGGUGGUAUGGAUCCUACUGGAUUUAAUAUCAAAAGUGAUAUGAUGGGAUUGAAAAAUGGUAUCACUUCACACGGAGGAAUGAACGGUAUGAUACACUCGGGAAUGAAUAAUCAUACCCAUGGUUUAGAUAGUGGAAAUAUGGUGGAGACUACCACAACUGUUCCAACUGCAACUACAACGACAACGAAGUCUGGGAAAAAGAAGAAAAUUAAGCCACCAAAGGUCAAAACUGAGAAGAAACCGCGACCAAAACCAGGUGAAAUUAGAGAGACUAAGGCAUUAGACGGCUCAACGCUUUAUUGUUGUCCAGAAUGUCAAAUGGCCUAUCCGGUGAGAAGUUUAAUCGAACAACAUGUAAUAUCACACGCAAUAGAAAGGCGUUUUGUUUGUGAAAUCUGCAAUGCUGCCUUGAAAAGAAAAGAUCAUUUGACUAGGCAUAAGCUAAGCCAUAGUCCGGAUCGGCCUCAUGUGUGUAAUAUUUGUUUGAAAUCAUUUAAAAGGAAGGAGCAAUUGACAUUGCACGUUGUAAUUCAUAGUGGUGAGAAGAAACACGUUUGCCAAGAGUGUGGAAAAGGUUUCUACCGUAAAGAUCAUCUACGAAAGCAUACCCGUUCUCACAUUGCCCGACGUGUUAAAUCUGAAGUAUCGGCACAGUCGAAUCCUAACACGAAUAAUAUCCAAAAUACCAACCAACCCAACAAUUCUUGAUCCUCGUACAAGGAUUUUUGGUAAAUACGAAGGUUUCUUUUAGUCAUUUCGUUUUGUUUCGUUUCUUUCUUUAUUUCGUUGAGUCUUUGAUAAGUUAAUUUUGUUACUGUACCGGUGAGGAGAAUGCUCAUUUUUUAUGCUAAAUUAGUUGAUUCAACUCUUAUUUGAUUAGUCAGUUACACUUCAUGCUUUGUGAUAUUUUCUUUUAAUUAAUUAAUUUUACGUGCAAUCGCGUUUUUUAAAUUAACUGCAUUUCCUCAACCAGAGAAUGUUAUUUUAAAUAACUUAAAAGACAAGAAAAAACCUAAAUUUUAAACUUAAGAUGUACAUAUUGAACAUUUCCAGAUCAAUUGAUCUCGAAAUUGAACAGUACACAGUCGCAAUGUUAAAAUUGUUUCCAUCAAUAAAUGGGGCAACAUUUGGAUAUAAUUGAAUUCUAAUGAUAAGUAACUAGUUGUAAGAUGUAUUUUAGACCUCUAAGAUUCAUUACGAAAUUUUAAGGCAUGAGUUCUGAAUACGAUCAACCGUACAAUUCGAUCUUCAUCUAUCAAUGGCCUGGAAAACAUUUUAGUUUUCUCCGAAUAAACACUGCUUGCAAUCCAACAAACCUUCAUUUCAUACAAGAACACCACCUCACUUUAAAAUUGAUAUCAUGCACAAAUUUGCAUGAAAAGUCAACUUUACAAUAAAAUACGCCAAAAUGACUAUAGUCUCAGCGUAUACUCGCCUGACUUACCCGAGAAUACUGACGAGUUCAUCUUGAUUUUGUCAUCAAAGAGUGGAAGAGUUGGAUGGGCCACAGUCAGUAAAUGAAUCUUCUUGAACGAAAAACGAUUUAGCCUGAUGGACAGUUACGAGUAUUGGCUGGCUACAGUCUACAUUUUGGAAAAAUAGAAAAUCGCACUGCUGACCACAAAUAUGUUAGUUUUCAAUAAAAAAUAAAAGAUUUUGUGUUAGUUUAACCACAGUUUUAACCAGACAGGAGCGGUUCAUUUUCGAAACGUCAAAUAAGGGACCUAAUGCACUGGAUGAAAAUGAACUCAAAUGUAU